CCUGGACCUGGACCCGAGCCGUACUUCCUGUUCACAGUCUGACAACAACACACGAAGAAGAAGAAACACGAGAAGAAAAAGAACAACAACAAUAACAAUAACAACAAGACUGAUCACUGGUGUCGGAUUAACAGUUUAUGCACUGUCAAGAUGGGUGACAGUGGCAUCACAAAUAUAAGUCCCACUGAGGACUUGGAGGAGGUGAAGACUGCCAUGAAAGAAGACAGACAGGCAGGUGGACAGACAGGUGGAAAGACAGGUAAAGGUGAUAGGAUGAGUAUGAUGUCGGAUGUUUCUCUACGUGAAGCGGCGAGUUUCACAGAGAGCGAACUGAUGUCAGAUGGGGGAGGAGGGGGCGGGGCAGGUGAAGGAGGGGAGACAGAACAUAGCAAAGCCUACCAGCUGAAAGAGGAGGAGUCAGAGCCUGGAGAGAACGAGCUGCCAGAGAAAGCGGCUCAGGUCUUCAGCCCUGCCGUGACUGUCCUCCAUUCACCUGCUUCACCCAGAGACAGCGAGGCAUUCUGGGAAAUGGAGUCAGAGAAGAGUCCCUUCCUGGGUCACCAAGAAGUCCGGCAUGACUACAACCAACAUGGCUACAUGCAUGACUGGUCUGAGGACACGCCCCCUGCUAGAGGUGGGCAGUGCUGUGCCAGUAGGGAUGUCUUGAAGCUGGGCGUGUCACUGAUGAUGUCAGCACUCUUCUUCCCCUUCCUGGUUUGGGGCGGUUUCGUCUUUCUACCAUUUGACGCUCCUCUACUGGACGGCGCCCCCCUCAGGCUGGUUUACACACUGCGCUGCUCCAUCUUCGCUGCAGCACCCAUCCUACUGGGUUGGCUGGUUCUGGGCAUCACUCGGCUUCGGUCUGGUUUCAUUCGGCCACUAUUUGAUGAUGAGGGGAAGGAGGCGGAGGUUCAGGAAGUUGCUGUGCACCGCCGCUAUGUCUCGGAGUCCGUCUCCCUGUUCCUCAUCUACUUCCUGCAACUGGUUGUCAUGGCAAUGUACCUGAGCCAGGAGCAGCUGAAGCUGAUUCCACUGCUGACCAUUGUCUUCGCCUUCGGACGGUUGGUGUACUGGGUGGCUGCGGCCUUUGGCAGCAGUAUUCGUGGUUUCGGAUUUGGUCUCUCCUUUUUGCCAAGUCUCGUCAUGAUGGUAGCUAACGUGUACUUCAUCUUCACCGUGGAGUCGUCCAGCUCCAUCUUCAGCCUCCAGUCUCCACCUGAGCAGGCACUGACUCCACCCCCUGGCAGACAGAGGUUCUGGGGAUGAUGGGAUCAAUACUUCUGAUCAGCUUUUUAAAAUCUGAUCUUUUUUUUUUAUGUUUUUUUUAAUGAAGUUUGUAAAUAAUUUUUAGAUACUCCAUAAGAAGUACCAUGUAAAAAUGUGUAAUUUUUGUUUUUUUUAUUCACAUUUUGGAUCAAACUAUGCAUGUAAUUGUUAAAGGUGGUUUAUUUUUGAUGUACUUCCUGUUUUUCUUUUUGUAAACAUUUAUUUUUGAUGUACUUCCUGUUUCUUUUUGUAAACAUUUAUCAAAGUUCAUUUGUUUCAGUAAUUCAUACAAAAGAUCAUGUAAAAUGUGCAUCUACAGGGUGGGGAAGCAAAAUUUACAAUGAACAUUUAGUUGUUUUUUCUCAGCAGGCACUACGUCAGUUGUUUUGAAACCAAAUAUAUAUUGAUGUCAUAAUCAUACCUAACACUAUUAUC